ACAGUGACCGGGGCAUUCGCGAACGAUGGAUUUCUAGGUGCAAAAGCACCGUCCAUCGGAACGAAUUUGUUGCUAAAGGCAGCAUAAAAUGCUCCCAGUGUUGUUCAGCGUGGUGUAAUGCAUAAAUUUCUCGCAAACGGGCGACUAUGGUGCGACCUCGUUCGUCAAACCGGGCCCAGAACAGGCGGUCGUCCUCCGUUCGUCUUUUGCACUCGGUUGGACACUACUGGCACAACAUCAUGCGCGGUGCAUCUGUGCGCUAUCAGGAAACGCCAUAGCGGAAGUAAUGAAACUGAUUCGACACAGUUUAACGAUGGUGCAUCAAAAACAUCUGCGUUACAUCGACCGUUAGCCGUCCCUUUGGCUGUCCCAUUGUCCGUAGUACCCCCGGUAGUAAACGCCAAAGCGUUAGUUAGUGAAAUUAGUCAAUCUGUAGGAUUACCGACGGGAAGCACGCUUAGGAAAGAUGGGAAAUUCAUCAAUGAAGAUGGGACGAAGGAACCCGUGGUUGCCUCCGUGACGUCACUUCCCGGCUUAAGUAGGUUGAUUUAUCACUACCUGAUGUUAUCAAAGAUCCGAUUAACUUCUCUUGUGGUGAUGACCGCUAUGGCUGGAUAUGCGAUGGCACCGGGAUCGUUCGAGUUGGGAACUUUUCUGCUAUGUUCCGCUGGCACCACACUUGUUUCCGGUGCGGCAAACUCCAUCAAUCAGGUCAUUGAAACUUCGUUCGAUGCUCAAAUGGCCCGUACGCGCAAUCGUGUUCUCGUGAAAGGAUAUCUUUCGCGAUUGCAUGCAGUCGGAUUUGCACUUGGUGCUAGCACGGUCGGAUGCAGUAUGCUGUAUUUCGGUGUGAACGAAAUGACGGCCGCACUGGGCGCUGCAAACCUAAUCCUAUACACCAGCAUCUAUACCCCAAUGAAACGUUACAGUAUUUUGAACACCUGGGUCGGAUCCCUCGUCGGUGCCAUUCCACCUCUGAUGGGUUGGGCGGCUUGUACCGGCGGAGAUCUUGGAGCCGGCGCAUGGAUUCUGGCCGGUUUGCUGUAUUGUUGGCAGUUUCCUCAUUUCAAUGCAUUGUCCUGGAAUAUUCGGCCGGAAUACCUGAAGGCUGGUUAUAAAAUGAUGGCAAAUUCCCAUCCGGCCCUCUGUACACGUGUUUCACUUCGUCAUACCGGUUUUAUCGCGGGUCUUUCGCUACUUGCUCCAGUACUGGACGUGACGAACGUUUGGUUUGCGUUGGAAACCCUUCCCCUAAAUGCAUAUUUCGCAUACCUUGCCUGGGACUUCCACCAGAAAGCGGAUAGCAAAAGCUCUCGGAAGUUGUUCCGCUUUUCGCUGUUGCACUUGCCAUUGCUGAUGGCACUGUUUCUCUUGAACAAAAAACAUUGGUUGUUCAGGGAGAAUAACAAGAGUGAAAUGGUACAACUGGAUAACGGUCUAGGGGCCGGUGCCAUUGCGACGGGUGUGUUUGUGGGUGGUGCAGAGAAGAGGGAGAACGGAAGUGAAUACCUUGUACCAAAUAUAGUGGCAGACAUUGGGGCUUCGGCUCCCUCUCCUGGAAGCAUCAAGGCGAUCGAAGAUAGUCUACUAUCGAAUGUGGCCACUGUACUUCCUACGGCAGGCAAACAAAAGCUUUGA